AUGGGGUCGAUGCUGGAGCUGUACAGGAGCGAUCUUGUGGACCUGCUCAGCAAAGGUGACCUCAAGACAGAGAAGAAGAAGCUGAACGUCCGACAAGAGAAGAACGGCGCCGUCACCAUCGAGAACCUCUCGGAAGAGACGUGCUCGAACGCCGCGGAGCUCGAGGACUUGCUCGAGAGGGGCAAUAAAGCCAGAACGGUGGCCGCGACGGCGAUGAACAGCGAGAGCUCCCGGUCUCACUUGGUGCUGAUCAUCAAGAUUAUCAGCGUCAACAAGGAGACUAAACAGCAGCUGAGGGGCAAGCUGCUCAUCUGCGACCUGGCUGGUUCGGAGCGGCUGUCGAAGUCUCAGGUGACGGGCGACGGCCAGAAGGAAGCGAUCGAGAUCAACAAGUCCCUUACGUCUCUGGGUGACGUCAUCGAGGCCCUAACGAAGGGGUCUAAGGUCAUUCCGUACAGAAACCACAAGCUGACGCAGCUAAUGCAGGACUCCCUUGGCGGCACCGCCAAGACACUCAUGUUCAUCAACUGUUCGCCUGCGAGCUCCAACCAGGACUCAGAACAGUCAUGGCCUUGA